AUGAGAAGUCUCUUCAUCCUAUCUUAUCUCGUGUCGGCUAUCGUCGGUACGGACAAGACUCCUCAUCAAGGUCUUGGAUGCCUCGUAUCAGAUGAGGGUACAGUGCAACAACCAGCCUCUCUUAAACUGAACCAGGGCAAGGAUCUUCCGAGGAGCAUCACAGUAGAUGUUCAUUUUCACAUCGCCAGUACCAAAGAUCACGAGAACCUCAUUACUGACACCAUCGUCGAAGCUCAAUGGGACGUACUUCACCGCUCUUUCGCAAAAUACGACAUCAACCUGGUACUAAACUCGACAGAGCGCGUCGUUGACGACAUGGCUGGCCAGUCAUUUUUCUUAUACGAAGGCCCAGAUAAGGGAUGGGUGAAAUACACAGAUGAAGAGAAUGAAUUCUACCAGAAAACACGCCGAGGCGGUUACGAUGCCUUGAAUCUUUACUUUUUCAGUGAUUACUCCCCUGGCGCGACCGGAUAUUGCAAUUGGCCAACUGUCAUCGCAGAGGGUGAUGAGUUGACUUUUGCCCGAGACUCUUGUCAACUUAGUGGAUUGACGAUGCCUGGAAUUACACCAGAGCAGGGCGCAUUUGAGGAAUGGAACCUGGGCCAUCUUGCAGUGCACGAGACUGGACACUGGUUUGGGUUGAAUCAUACAUUUACUGGUGGUUGUUCAGAACCAGGAGAUUUUGUGGAUGAUACACCUUCCCAGCUGACACAGAUCUACGGGUGUCCCACUGGCUCGGAUAGUUGUCCUGAUAAGCCGGGUCUAGACCCCAUCCAUAACUUCAUGGGCUAUACAGAGGAUAAUUGUACUGACCUUGAGCAUAGCACGAAUGAGUUCACCCCCGGUCAGAAACGUCGCAUGUUUGAGACAUUCUUUGGCUUUAGGAGGAAGGUCUAG